UGUUCUGCAGAAGGUAAUGUGAAUGUGAAAGAAACAGAAACACACCACAAUGUUCAGAUCCAUGAAAAAUAUUGCAGUGGAGGGAAACCCUACGUAUGUGAGCAAUGCGGGAAAGGUUUUACCACACAUGGAAUUUGUAAGAAACAUGAAAGAAUUCACAGAGGAGAGAGACCUUACGUAUGUAAUCAGUGUGGGAAAGAUUUUACAACAUGUACAUAUUGUCAAGUACAUGAAUGUCUUCACUCCAGAGAAAAAUGUUAUAAAUGUAAGCACUGUGAGAAAGCUUUCAGCACAUGUACUUAUUGUGUAAUCCAUGAAAAACUUCACACUGGGCAGAAAUCGCAUAUAUGUAAGAAAUGUGGGAAAGCUUUUAGCAGUAAAAUUCAUUUUCAAAUACAUGAAAAUGUUCACACUGGAGAGAAACCCUAUGUGUGUAAGCAAUGUGGAAAAGGUUUCACCCAACUUGGACACUGUAAGGAACAUGAAAGAAUUCACACUGGAGAGAAACCGUAUGGAUGUAAGCAAUGUGGGAAAGCGUUUAACACACGGGGAGACUGUAGGAAACAUGAAAGAAUUCACACUGGAGAGAAACCCUAUGUAUGUAAGCAAUGUGGGAAGGCUUUUAAAACACAGGGAGCUUGGAAGAAUCAUGAAAGAAUUCACACUGGAGAGAAACCCUAUGUAUGUAAGGAACGUGGGAAAGCUUUUACCACACCUGGAUAUUGUAAGGCACAUGAAAGAACUCACACUGGAGAGAAACCAUAUGUAUGUAAGCAAUGUGGGAAAGCUUUUAACACAUUGGGAGACUGUAAGAAACAUGAAAGAAUUCACACCAGAGAGAAACCUUAUGUAUGUAAGCAAUGUGGGAAAGCUUUUACCAGACCUGGAUAUUGUAAGGAACAUGAAAGAAUUCACACUGGAGAGAAACCAUAUGUAUGUAAGCAGUGUGGGAAAGCUUUUACCAGACCUGGACAUUGUAAGGAACAUGAAAGAAUUCACACUGGAGAGAAACCAUAUGUAUGUAAGCAGUGUGGGAAAGCUUUUACCAGACCUGGACGUUGUAAGGAACAUGAAAGAAUUCACACUGGAGAGAAACCAUAUGUAUGUAAGCAAUGUGGGAAAGCAUUUAACACUCAUGCAUAUUGUAAGGUUCAUGAAAGAAUUCACACUAGAGAGAAACCAUAG